GCCAACCCUAAAUGGCGCACUUCAACAUACCACAAUGCGGUCACUACACAACGAUGCAGAAGAGAAAAAAUGAGAAAGAACUAAAACAUGUCGGCAGUCGCUUCGAUUGGAGUCAAGAGCCCACAAAAAUGUUUCUGGAACUGUGGGAGGAGAACAUUCCGAAUUUGCGCGCGGGCAAAAAAAGAGCUCAAGUGCACAAGGAAAUUGCAUUGAAAAUGCAUAUGUAUAAAGCAAGAAAAACUGAAAUUAAAUCAAAAAUGGAUAACAUGGUUAAGAAAUACAAAAAAGAAAUGCUGGAACAUCACUUGAAGGGAGAGCAAUCUUCUUGGGAAUAUUUUGAUCAAGUGCACAAUAUAUUAAAAGAAACGAAAUACCACAACGUAUGGUCUACGGAAAAAUUUGACUUUUCUCCUUUGGAAGAUAGCGACACCGACGACUGCAACGACUCGGCAAUUUGGCCAAUAAGCGAUAAUGAAACGUCAAAAAAGGCGAAAACUUCAACGGCAGAAAUCUUUGAACCUGAGACUUUUGAGGAAGCUGCUUCAGUCAAAAGUGAAUUGACUUUCACAUCCCCUGAACGACCUGUUUCAGUCAACAGUUAUUUAACUUUCGCAUCAGCAGAAGAAGAAGAAGAAUACAACAAUGUAACUGCUGCUACCAGCGAAUUUGAACCUGAAUCAGAUAGAAGACUGGCCAUUGAAGAGGCCAAAUUGGCAAUUCAGCGUGAAGAGCUAAAACUUAUGAAAAACAUGGCAGAUGAAUUGUCAGCCUUACACCGCGAAUUCCUUAAAGUAUACAAAAAUAAAUGAAUCUUACCAUAUUGCUCCAAUAAGUACAAAACAUACAAAUACAUAUUUCCACAAGGCAAAUUUACAAA